GGUACCGUAUCAUCAACCGUUUUUCGGUCAAAACAUAGGAAAAUGCAGUUGGUAUUGAGUUUAUGUUUAAUAUAUUAUAGGCAUACGUAUCUGUUAAGGCUGAGAUGAACACAGACAGUAAAAAAAUAGGACGAACACGCUUUGCCUGCGAUACAGUACCCCGUUUCGCUUAUUGGUCAUGGACAUUGUGGCUAUUAAAGUAUCCCGGACCGUGAUUAAAAUAGAAUCAGAAAAUAUAGGUUAAGUUCUUCCGUAUUUGCGUCGUUGUAGAUACCUGCAUGCAUCAUCAUCGCUCCUUAUUUGCAUACUACUUUCGCUUCCUCAUCGGGAGACAACUUGAUCAACUUGAUCACAGACAUGACCAACAGCGUCGACGAUCAAACGCAGGUUUCGCGGAAAGAUGUGUUCGUUAAGUAUUUACAGUACUACGACAAAGUUAGUUGUGAAGGUGAUGUGAAAGUGUGUUCAGAGACACAGGUGACAGAUGAAGCCAGGCGCGUGCUUCUGUUACCGGAGGAAGAGCCGCGGAAGAGAUUCAACACCAUGCUGGACUUCUACGAGACUCUGUAUGAGUACGCACAAUACAGAGACUGCCAGAGACACGUCCACGACUUUAGAAAAGCCGCCGAGUUACUGGAGAUGUUCUGUGUCAACCUGUUUUUGUUUCCGUGGAAGAAAGAGAUUAAAACAUUAAAGAAAUUUACAGGAAACUUUGUCUAUUACAUCAAGCCAGUAUUGCCUUUUGCCAGGAGUAUUCUUCAGAGUAUCGGAUACUGUGUGGAAACAGACACAGAGUAUAUACUGUCUGAUCAUUUUGACCCUGAAAAGGCCAAGAGUAUGGGAUUCGACCUUUUCCUUGCCAAAUUAGAGUGCGAGUAUCUUCUCGAACUCAUGAACCAGAGAUCACAUUUAGAAUGUCUGGACAUCCUCCGAUCGAGAGCUUCUCCUUUGACCUUCAGUGCUGGGGAAGAGGUUUCAGAACCUAUCAAUGACAUCUGUAAUCUAAAUGAGGAUGUUUUUAAGGAUGAUGGACAUGUUGAAGGCGGCUCACUGGUAAACCCUGGGGAACAACAGCAACAAGAGUCACUUAAAAGUCAUGAACCUCAUAAUCAGGAAGUCAACAAGUCUCUUAACAGUACUAUAUCUGAUGUAGAAAGACCACCCAGCUCAUUCAUGACUGAUGAUAAGUCUAUAUUGGAGAUGCGGGAGAGCUACCCAGACCUGGCUAUCCGACAAAAGCCUAUUUUCCCAAAGUCUCAAAGAAUGAUGCAGCCUCUCAAGGCCCAGGAGAAGGCUGGAUGCAGGGGUCACAAUGCAGCCCUGUUCCAUGAGGUCAGUACUGACAUGAGUGGACCCCAGUCUAUAGCCAUACACAAUGAGGCCAUCCCAGGUCAUAGAAAGCAACACAUCCCAAAUCCACUUGUAGAAGCCCAGGCCUUAGACGACAACUUCAAGUCAACUUCAAGACAGCUUCAAGUCGAGACACUGCUGCAAGGACGCAACCGUGAAGGCUCAACAGAAGGCUGCUUACUUGACCUCACUGAGCAAAUGGGGAAAAUGCACAUGAAGGACCUCACUGCAGAUGAACCCCUUAAAUACCCCAUAGAGGAGACCGCACAGACCCAGCCAUCUAGUGGACAUAAUGAUGUCAUCACAACCCCACCAACAAAACACUCAGAUGGCCUGAGCCUGCCCAUCUUGUGCAGCCCAUCCCAGGAGCCUGUCUGCAACAUUGCAGGUUGCGGGAGCUGUGCUGGAUCUGAUGCCGUUCUUACACAGGAUGGCACUAUUAAAGAGCCUCCUCAGUCAAUCUACAUCCCUAGCGCACUGAAUGAAUGUACAACAGUGUUUGGACCACCAACUGACCACAGUCAGACUGCCAAUGAGGGCGCAAGCGCACACAAGAGUCCCAUAUCUCAACAACCAGAAGACGAGCUAGACCAAACAUAUGUGAUGGUUUAGAGACACAAAGUAUUCAAGGUUUUUUUUCUCAUCCAUGCCAGAUAUUUUGAAGUAUGCUAGCAGUGACUAAAAUAAUACCUUCGUGCUAGUAAUGAUGUAUGAAGCAUUUUUAUUGAAACCAAUUUUCUCGUUAAUGAAGCCAUAAUUUCAGAUUAGCUUUGGUCUCUUACAAUUUCCAAAGGUAACAGGAAGAAUGUCUGUGCCAUACCUUUUAUCUUAGCUUUUUAAAAUGAAGGAAGGUUUCUUGCUGCUAUCAUUUUCAUGAACCCAGCUAACAUUUCAUGGUUUGUCCAUGUUGGCCCUACCUGAAUUAACCUAUACUGGUGCCAUUUCAGAUAGGAAAGAAUAGGAACUCACAGACAAACCCAUAUCUCAAGCCCAUAUCACGCCUACAUUGGCCCCAUCAUGAAAUGUUGCCUGGGAGCUUGCUUGGGUCAAAAUGAUUCUUAGAGCUUGAUUUAUACUGUGCCUUACUAAAUGUAAAGAAACCGCUAAAUGUGCACCUACAUGUCUUAAUGGAAGAACACUUGUUCUGCAGGACUGUUUAACCAUGGAUUCAUGUAGGUUAAUAUAAAUGUAAAAAAUAUGGUGUUCUGGUUACUCUUAUACUGCAUUUUGUGUAUUAAUCUUACAGUACUACUGAGGCUUCAGUGGAACAUGCCAUACAAUAAUGUGACUAGAUUUGAAAUGUAAUAAUAUUUUCAAAAUGAUGUUUCAUGUUUUUUAUUUAAAACAAUGUCUUGUGCAGUUUAAAAUACAUUGGUCUCUGUAACACCUUAAGUAACAUACAAUUACCAUCAGGAUCUGACUGUACUUGUUUAGUGAUGGUAUCUGCAGAUGGCAGAAUGAACAUGAAAAUAAAAGAAAUGGAUCUUUCAUUA